AUGGCUUUCUUCUCUCCCCGCUUCAAACUCCCAGUCCACCUCCUCCAACUUGUCCUCAUAACCUUCGCCAUGGGUCUCUCCGUCCCCCGCCUCUUCAUCAAGAACCAACCCCGAACCCGCGCCAACACCAUCGCCCUCGGGAUGGGAGCCAAGUCUCUCAUCUUCCUCGCCUACCAGCUGUUCACCGAGUACGUCCCUCGCUUCAAGCGUUGGCAUAGCUACAAAGCCAACGCCAUUAUCAAUUCUCUGGAAAUCGUGUUCUGGGCUGCUGUCGCUUUUUUGGUUGUGCAGGCGAAUUUAUCGAGAUGUAUGGGGUGGAGUUGUACAUUGAGUUGGUGUGUGGUAGGGAUUGCGGUUGUGUUGAGGUAUGUGUUGCGCUUUUUUAGGAAUGAGAGGAAUAGGGGGUGGCUGAUCAGUGAGUUAUAG